CGCGCGACAAUGGGCACUACCGCAUCGGCGUCGACUGGUUGGAGCCCUACAAGUCCGUGGCCUACAGCAUCGGCCUCAUCCUGGUUGCACCCGACGACCUGCCGGACGACCAGAUCGUCCGCAUCGCCUUCACCAAGGUGCUGGGCAUUGUGUUUGGGCCCAAGGCCCCGUCCAACAUGUACGCCGCGGUCAUGCACACACUCCGCAAGCUGGCAGCAAGCUCUGGGGCCCUUGGGACCGCAGCAAAGCCCAUGCAACUGUGUGUCAGCAGGCCGGCGCCGAUCGCCGCCGGCGCCCCUACACCGUCAAGCGCCGCCACCUUCACGCCCGUUCAGCAAAUCAAGCACCAGGCGUACCUAACGUCCUUUUUCGCCGACACCCAGGCGCGCCGCUACUUUGACGGGUGCAUGGGGGUGGGUGCCUACCUCCCCUGCCACUGGUGCCUGUUCCAGGGCACACCUGACGCCAACCCAGGCGGCAAGGGCGUCACCAUCAGGCCCAAGGGCUACGUCAACCCCGUCCCUCAGACCCGCAAGUUCAACGGGGCGGCCAUGAUGUUUGACGACGCACGUCUCAAGCUCACAGACAGCCAGCAGCUGACCCUGGGCGCAGCGGCCGACACACUCAGCGCCUCAGACGCCAGCUUCGACCCUGCCUUCCAUGGGCGCAAGCGCAGCUGCCCCUUCAACAACUGGCUGCCGUAUUUCUCGUUCAACAACGGCUUUGUCGUGCCGGCUGUGCACGGGUUCUGUUUUAACCUGCUCAGACCUUUCCUCAAGUGGGCGCUGCGCAAGCCCACCGGGGCGGAGGGCGAGGUGGUCAUCAGCUACGCCGCGCGCCGCAUCAUGAGCACCCGCACCAAGUCCAUCCGGCCUACAAACGACAACGGCCGGCGGCCCAAGGAUCUGGUGGGUCUGAAGUUGCAAGUAAUUCUGGCGGUGACUAACACACGGCCUGCGGGACGUGACAUUGGGCUGGUGGCCGGCUAA